CUACUUUUUCCUUUGCCGCUGCGGGUAUAGGGUAUGAUCAUGUUUCUGAUGACUACAAAGUUGUUAGGUUAGACACAAUUUAUCGUGGUGAAAAAUAUCUUUGCAGAACUCUCAUUUACAGCUUGAAGUUGGGUUCUUGGAAGAGAAUUAAGGAUUGUCCUUAUGAUUUUUUCAGUAUCCCUAAUCAUGUUAAUGGAGUUUCUGUGAAUGGAAAAUUGCAUUGGUAUGUAUGUCGAAUGAUUAUCACUCUGGAUCUUGUUACUGAAGAAUACAGCCAUAUCCCUCUCCCCCCAUUACCCUCCAAAGAGAUAAUUGAUAUGUAUUUGGAUGCUAUCAGUGGGUUAUUAAUUUUGAGUUACAGUUACUUCACAAGUUCGGGGUGUCAUUUUGAUGGAUGGGAAUUGCAAGAAUACAGAGUAGAAAACCCUUGGACGAAAUUGCUCUCAUUUCGCCUUUACUCUUUUGACUCACCCAAACUUGUUGCUUAUAUGAAGAACAAAAAGCAGGUUAUCCUGCAGCGUGAAUAUGGUUUUUUUUGGGUUGAUAUUGAAAGCAAUUCAGUGAAGCAGG